AUGCUUGCAGUGCUCUUUCAGUCAUCUGGCUCAAACAUUUGUUCAACAACUAUCUCUGAAGACCUCAGGAGAGACUGUCACCCAGAACCUGGGGCUACUGAAGCGGCCUGCCUAAGUCGUGGGUGCCGGUGGUGCGAGACAAGUAGCCUUAAUGUUCCGUUUUGCUUCUAUGACUCCACUGAAGAUGCAGCUUGCCCCAGUGAUGUUCCAGUUCAGAAGCGCAUUGACUGCCACCCACAGCCCGGUGCCUCAAAAGAAAAAUGUGAAGCAAAGAGUUGCAUUUGGUGUUCUACAAAAGUUCCUAAUGCUCCAUGGUGCUAUUUCCCAGCAAAUGAUCCUUAUGGCUACUUUGCAACUGAGAAGCCACAAAAGACAAGUAAAGGAUGGAGAGUAAUGCUGACAAAACUUGACACUAUGUCACUGUUUGGUAAUGAUAUUUCUCCUGUUGCCAUGGAUGUGGAGUUCCAGACAAAUGACAGACUCAGAUUUAAGAUAUAUGAUCCUAACAGUGAAAGAUUUGAAGUUCCACUCAAGAUUCAGUCAUCUGCUGCUGCUGCUGCUGACACCAGCUAUGACAUUGAGUUCAUAAAUCAUUCCUCCCUUCAGUUUAAAAUCAUAAGGAAAAGCUCAGGAACGGUGCUGUGGGACACAUCACUUGGAGAUUUAAUUUUUUCCAAACAGUAUCUACAGAUUUCAACCACUGUACCCUCCACCUCAGUAUAUGGAUUUGGUGAACAUGAACAUCUGUCUUUUAAACACUAUAUGAACUUUGUUACCUAUGGAAUGUUUACCAGGGACCAGUCACCUACGCCAUUUGCCAAUCUUUAUGGAGUUCAUCCUUUUUAUAUAUGCAUAGAGAAUGAUUCAAAUGCUCAUGGUGUCCUCUUCCUUAACUCCAAUGCACAAGAUGUUACUCUGAGUCCAAAUCCAGCCUUAACCUUCCGCACUAUUGGAGGUAUCCUUGACUUCUUUGUGUUUCUUGGCCCAACUCCAGAAAAUGUAAUUCAGCAAUACACAGAGGCCAUUGGACGCCCACAUUUACCUGCCUAUUGGUCUCUGGGAUUUCAGCUCUCUCGCUGGGAUUAUGGAAGCAUUGACGUGUUAAAAAAAACAGUUGCUCGCAUGCAGCAGUAUGAUAUUCCAUAUGAUGUCCAACAUGGUGAUAUCGACUAUAUGGAACGUAAUCUGGACUUUACCUAUGACAAAGAGAAUUAUUCAGGUCUGCCAGAGUACAUUCGACAACUGAAAAAAGAUGGAAUGCACUAUGUCAUUAUCCUGGAUCCUUUCAUAAGUAAGGAUGAAGCACCAGGUACCUACAGGCCCUAUGAACUUGGUGAAGAAAUGGGAAUAUGGGUUAACAAUUCUGAUGGAAUAACUCCAGCUGUUGGAAAGGCGUGGCCACCUGGAGAUUCGGUGUUUCCUGACUACACUAACCCCAAGACAGCUGACUGGUGGACCCAACUAUGUGUUGAGUUCAAAAAUGUCCUUGACUAUGAUGGACUCUGGAUUGACAUGAAUGAACCAGCUAAUUUUGGAAAUGGUCAGCAGCCAGGCUGCACUCCCAGUGAUAUCAACAACCCCCCAUAUGUGCCUCGAAUUACCAGUAACUCUCUGGCUUGGAAGACUCUAUGUCCAGAUUCAAAGACUUAUCUGGGCGAUCAUUAUAACACACAUUCCCUCUUUGGCUGGUCACAAACAGCACCAACUUUCUAUGCUACUCAGAAGGCUACUGGAAAGCGAGCAUUUGUUCUGAGUCGUUCUACAUUUGUCGGCAGUGGGAAAUAUGCAGGUCAUUGGCUAGGUGACAACUUUUCAUGUUGGAAAGAUAUGCGCAUGUCAAUAAUUGGAAUGUUGGAAUUUAAUCUUUUUGGGAUUCCAUACAUUGGUGCUGAUAUCUGUGGAUUUAACUUGGAUACAACCUAUGAACUCUGCUUGCGUUGGAUGCAGCUUGGUUCAUUUUAUCCAUUUUCCAGAAACCAUAAUGCAAAGGGCAAUAAGGAGCAAGAUCCAGCAGUUUUUGGAGCAGAGUUUGCUGCAAUAUCUCGGUCUACACUGCUGAUUAGAUAUACACUCUUGCCUUACUUAUACACCUUAUUCUUUGACUCACAUGUGCAUGGAAACACAGUGGUACGAGGACUGAUGCAUGAAUUUACCUCUGAUCUGCAGACUCAUGGAAUAGAUAAGGCUUUUCUUUGGGGACCUGCUUUUAUGAUUGCUCCUGUUCUUCAAGAGGGAGCAAGAGCAGUGGAUGUGUACUUUCCAGAAGCAUCCUGGUUUGACUACUAUACAGGUGAUGAAGUGCCCGCUUCCUGGCAUAAGAAAUAUGUUAGUGUUGAUGCUCCGUUGGACAAGAUCCCACUCUUUCUCCGUGGAGGUUUCGUUCUACCCACGCAAACACCAGCCACAACAACCACUCUGAGCCGUCUGAACCCAUUUGGACUUAUAAUUGCUCUGAAUGAAGAAGGAAAAGCUUCUGGGAUGCUCUUCUGGGAUGACGGUGAUUCUAUUGACUCUGUUGAAAAUGAAAACUAUUUCUUGGCCAAAUAUACAUUCAGUGAAGGCCAACUGAGGACAACAAUUGUUAAAAAUGGCUACCGGGCAGUUGAUUCUUUGACUUACAACAAGCUUCAGAUUCUUGGUGUGACUUCAAGACCUAACACUAUUGUUCUCAAUGGAAAAGUCAUCUGUAAUGAGAACUUACAGUAUCAGGCUAAUGGGAAACUCACUUUACAGAUUUCUGCACUGCUUAGUCAAGAACUGAACAUUAUACUUCAAUACAACAUUUAGUAAACAGAUUAGUGAUUUAACAUCACUGGUUCCCAUAUUUUGAUUUUGAUGUUGUCAUAUCCUUGAUGUCUUAAUUUUCUCCUGCAUAUGAAUGCGCAUGAGUAUAUAAAUAAUCAGUUCAUAUUUUUAAUGCAACAGUUCUUCAAAUAAAGAAAUGUUACGAUCGUGUC